AUGGCCUUGCGAUUCGAUGGCGCUCCGGCGAAACCUGAAGAAACUAAGCACACAGUGGGAAAUGCUACAUGCGAGAAGAAGAUGCAGAUGCUCGAAAGGGAAGUGCUGCGCUUCUGCGAAUCGAAACAGGAGGGAUUGAUCAGCGGCCAGUACGAUUGGCUCACGCACGUCAGAGAUGUGAACGCCACACAGAUGGCCCGCAAUAUCAUGCAUGCCCUGAGAUGGGGAAAGCGAGAUGCCUCACACGGGCUGCUCUUCACGAAAAGGGCUUUCACGACAAUGGAUCCACCUUGCUUCUGUGGAGCGGUGUUGCAAGCCGGUGGCAACGACGGGGUCCAGACGCCUUUCGACUCAAUGCUGGAGAAGAUCCGGCAAGAGGAAGCGGAUGAAGGACUCUUGCAAGGGUGCGAGUGGCCUCAGCAGGAGCCAAUUUGGCAAGCAGCUUCAGAUGCAGUCGUCUGGCGAAAUGGAGAUGCUCUGGUGCGAUCCUGGUGA